UUUUUUUUAAAACCUACGAAAUUUUUCAACAACAAAAAUGAUGAAUGAUUAUGAUUAUGAUAUUGAUAAUAACCAUGAUUAUGGUGAUUCAGAUGAAGAUACUGAAGAUGCAAGUGAAACAGAAUCAAUGAAAUAUUAUAAUGAUGAUGGUGGUUAUAUUGGUGGCAAUGGCGGUGGUGGUUGUGGUGGUAUCGAUGAAUUUGAUUCAACAUAUGAAAUUAAAGAACAAAUUUAUCAAGAUAAAUUAUCACAUCUUGAAAGUCAAUUAAUACAUCUAGAAAAUGGUAGCCAUCCUGAUUAUUUACGUCAAUUAGAUAAUAUUGAUUUCGAUUAUCGUGAACGUUCAUUUUUUAUUGAAUGUAAUUUUAAAUUAGAACAAAAAUUAAUUGAAAAUGAAUAUAAUAUUGAAGAAAGUGCUGCCAUUAAAGAAUUUCGUGAUCGAAAAGAUGAAUUAAUUGAAAGUUUAAUUUCUGAUCUUGAAGAGAAGAAAAAAAUUAUGGAAACCGAUAAUAAUCUUGAACUAGUGAAUGAUACAUCAGAACCGAAAACAUUGACAACAAGAAAAUUACGACGUCGUCCAAAUGAUCCAACACCGUUGCCGGACAGACGUCGACGAACAUCACCAGCACAAAUAAAUUUUCUUCUUGAAGACUCAGAAAUCAAUGAAGAUUUAAAAUUCAUCAGUAAGAUACUAUUUUCAAAAUCAUCCAAUAACCAUCAUCGUAAUAGUUCAAAUAGCCAAAAAAAUUAUACCGAAUCCGAUACUGUGGGCAUCGAUGCACGAAUCGAUUAUGGAAAAUUAUUUUACGAUAAAAAAUGGUUUCAUCGUGGACAAAAUAUUCUACUUGAAUCAUCAUUAGAUGGUACGAUUACACCAUCGAUUAUCGUACAAAUUGGCAGUAAUGAAAUUCUAGUGAAAAAAUCCAAUGAUUCCGGUAAUUCAACAAAGAUAAAAGUUACAUUGAAUGAUUUACAUAGUAAAAAAUAUUCAAUUCAAAGAAGAACAUGAUAACAAA